UUGCCUUUCGUCCUUCGGCUUCUCGUCCCUCGAUAAGCACGUAAAUAAAUUUCAUUUUUUUCCCCUUCAUCCUCUCUGCUUCAACUCCCGUCUCCGCCUCCACCUCGGCGUCGUCGUCCUCCCCUUCGAUCUCUCCUCCCAUUUCCACGCGGAGGAGAGGCGUCGGCGCAAUAAAGGCGGCGCCUUUGCUCUUGCCCCUCCCCGGCAUGCGGAGCUAGCCUCGCGGCUGUGGCCCACGCCAUGCAGACUACCGGGCCCGCAUCGCCGGAGCAGCCGCCGGCCGUGGAGCCGGCCAAGGCCGAGGUGAAGGUGGAGAAGGGGGCGGGGGUGAAGGAUGAGGAGGUGGUGAAAGCGGAUGGCGCGGGUGAGGAGGGGGAGCAGGAGGAGGAGAAGGGAGGGAGGGGAGGCGGGCGGCAGCGGCGCCGGCGCGGCGGCGCGUCGGGUGACGGCGCCGUGGUGAUGGUGAAGCGGGAGCUGCUCGCGCGCUGCAUGACGUGCCAGCUCUGCCGCCGCCUGCUCCGCGACGCCACCACCAUCUCCGAGUGCCUCCACACCUUUUGUAGAAAGUGUAUCUAUAAGAAGCUAAAUGAUGAGGAUCUAGAUCAUUGCCCAGUAUGCAAAAUUGAUCUGGGCUGCACUCCAGUUGAGAAGCUGAGACCUGAUCACAAUAUACAAGAUGUGAGGUCAAAAGUUUUUCCAUUCAAAAGAAAGAAGGUUAAUGCCGAAGAAGCUGAAUCUCCCAUUACGCUACCUGUUAAAAGGAAAGAGAGGUCUAUCUCCUCGUUGGUGGUCAAUACACCUAGAAUAACACCAGCGGGUUCAACUGGGCGGCGAACAAGAGCGGUUACCAGGAAGGCUGCUGCAUUACGUGGCCUUGGUCCUAUCAUUGCGGACCCUUUGAAAAAGGAUAAGGAUAACUCAAAUAAGCAAACUGAUAAUUCAAGCUUGCUAGAUAGUUUGAGCAAAGUGCCCCAAACAAGAAGACAGGUAUUGUCAAAUGGGGAUACAUCAAGUCAUCCCUCUGGUAAAGAUAAAGCAAGUGAUAAUAAGGACCUGGAUAAGGCAGAGCUCUGGAAACCUUUGAACUGUCUUGUAGAGGCUGCAAGCAAAACAAAGCCUCGAACAAGUGCACAGAGUUCAGCUUUUAAGGGAGAUAAGCCCAGUGAAUCUCCCAGUACUGAACAAUCUAGCAGAGCAAAGGCUAGGGAGCCUCCUCAGAAGUCCAAAGUUGAAGAUGACAAGAAGGAUGAUCCUGAGCCAAUAGUCCUGCUUAGAAAGAAAGGGCCUGGCCGGAAGAAGAAACACCCCCUACCUUCAGCAAAUGCUGCUUCCAGUGCUGCAGCUAUCCAGAAGGGGAAGAAAUUCAUCCCAAUAUGGUUUUCAUUAAUUGCCUCAUUUGACCAGAAAGGCGACCCUCCCUUGCCUCAGAUACCUGCACAUUAUUUGAGAAUAAAGGAUGGAAGCAUACCUGCAUCAUCCAUCCAAAAGUACAUUAUGCAGAAGCUCAGUCUUCCAAGCGAAUCUGAGGUUGAAAUAAGCUGCUGUGGGCAGUCAGUGAACCCUGCUCAACCUGUGCGCAACUUGGUGGAGCGGUGGCUGAGGGUUGGCCCGGUGCGCCCUCUGCAAACGGUGAUAGGCUCCUCUGGGGGAGAUUAUGUGAUGGUGAUAAGCUACGGGCGGCCAAAGUCUGCAUAAUCGUAGAUCGUACCGUGGUCGACCUGCUGAUCUCCUAUAGUUUGAACAAGGUUCUCCUGGGAAGAGGCAACCAAAGAUCAAGGGUUUGAGCGUCAACAUAUAUACUCAUCAAUACCUGCACUCUGCAGACAGCCCUCACUGUUGUAUUCAUCCUCUCGCUGAUGCUGCUAGAUGAUGUCCUGUUCUAAGAAUUUGUUUGUUCUUUUGUUGUUAUUAUUAUACAGAUGUGAUUAAAGUCGUUAUGCUUUAGAGUUCGUUAUGUAGGCUGUGAGAAAUGACUUUUAGGUUGGGUAAACAGAGCUCAGAUCGUUAACCUGCACUUGGAAGCUGGGAGCGAUGGAUGAAUGGCUACAUGGACUGUAGCUUCUUCAGUUUUCUCUCCUUUUUACUUUUUUUUUCCUUAAAACAAAAUGUAAUGUAGUUUCGUUAGUUGUCCUGAUCUGAAACUGCUGUAAUACCCAGCUGUGAUUUAUUAGUGACUGUCGGAACUGCAGCUGUUCUGCUGUAUUAUGUGCAUCCUUUAUACCCUCUACAAUGACAUUUUUGGGCUUGAAGGUUUGUCA